GAAACCGGAUCUGUUACUUUCCAGGUGGAAUCAUUUAUCUUGGAUCAGGAUGAUCUCGAAAACCCGAUGUUGGAAACAGCUUCUAAACUGCUGCUGUCAAGUACUGCUGAUGGUGCUGACCUGAGAACAGUAGAUCCCGAAACCCAGGCAAGAUUAGAAGCUUUACUUGAAGCUGCGGGCAUAGGGAAGCUGUCGACGGCGGACGGGAAAGCCUUUGCGGAUCCCGAGGUGCUGCGCAGGCUGACGUCCUCGGUGAGCUGCGCGCUGGAUGAAGCUGCCGCCGCGCUGACCCGGAUGAGAGCGGAGAGCACCGCCAGCGCGGGGCAGACGGACAACCGCAGCUUGGCCGAGGCUUGUUCCGAAGGAGACGUGAACGCUGUGCGGAAGUUGCUCAUUGAAGGCCGGAGUGUGAACGAGCACACAGAAGAAGGGGAGAGCCUCCUUUGUUUGGCCUGCUCAGCAGGAUACUAUGAGCUUGCACAGGUGCUCCUGGCAAUGCAUGCCAAUGUGGAGGACCGGGGAAUCAAAGGAGACAUCACACCUCUAAUGGCUGCUGCCAAUGGCGGGCACGUCAAAAUUGUCAAGCUGCUGCUAGCUCACGGUGCUGAUGUGAACGCACAGUCAUCCACAGGCAACACAGCGCUGACGUACGCCUGUGCCGGGGGCUACGUGGACGUGGUGAAGGUGCUGCUGGAGUCGGGCGCCAGCAUCGAGGACCACAACGAGAACGGCCACACGCCGCUGAUGGAGGCCGGCAGCGCCGGCCACGUGGAGGUGGCCAGGGUGCUGCUGGAGAACGGCGCGGGCAUCAACACGCACUCCAACGAGUUCAAGGAGAGCGCGCUCACGCUGGCCUGCUACAAAGGCCAUCUGGAAAUGGUGAGGUUUCUGCUGGAAGCUGGUGCUGACCAGGAGCACAAGACAGAUGAGAUGCACACUGCUCUCAUGGAGGCGUGCAUGGAUGGCCACGUGGAAGUGGCCAGACUGCUUCUGGACAGCGGAGCGCAGGUGAACAUGCCCGCGGACUCCUUCGAGUCUCCGCUGACUCUGGCGGCCUGUGGCGGGCACGUGGAGCUGGCAGCUCUGCUGAUUGAACGUGGGGCUAACUUGGAAGAGGUCAAUGAUGAAGGAUACACGCCGCUGAUGGAGGCAGCUCGGGAAGGCCACGAGGAGAUGGUGGCACUGUUACUUGGGCAAGGAGCAAACAUCAACGCUCAGACGGAGGAGACGCAAGAAACCGCAUUAACUCUGGCGUGCUGCGGAGGGUUUUUGGAGGUGGCCGAUUUCCUCAUUAAAGCAGGAGCUGACAUAGAACUCGGCUGUUCCACACCUUUGAUGGAGGCUGCUCAAGAGGGGCAUUUGGAGCUGGUUAAAUAUUUAUUAGCUGCAGGGGCUAAUGUGCAUGCAACAACAGCAACAGGUGACACGGCCCUGACGUACGCCUGUGAGAACGGCCACACCGAUGUAGCAGAUGUCUUACUUCAGGCAGGGGCAGAUCUGGAGCAUGAAUCAGAAGGUGGAAGAACCCCUCUCAUGAAAGCUGCCAGGGCAGGUCAUGUUUGCACUGUUCAGUUCUUGAUUAGCAAAGGAGCAAAUGUGAACAGGACCACAGCGAACAACGAUCACACAGUGUUGUCGCUGGCCUGUGCUGGGGGUCACUUGGCAGUGGUGGAGCUACUGCUCGCUCAUGGUGCUGAUCCCACACACAGACUCAAGGACGGAUCGACUAUGCUAAUCGAGGCAGCCAAAGGCGGUCACACCAGCGUGGUUUGUUACCUUCUGGAUUACCCAAACAACUUGCUUUCUGCUCCUCCGCCCGAUGCCACUCAGCUGACCCCGCCAUCCCAUGAUCUGAACAGGGCUCCUCGAGUACCAGUGCAGGCGCUGCCCAUGGUCGUCCCACCCCAGGAGCCUGACAAACCCCCUGCUAAUGUCGCCACAACCCUUCCCAUCAGAAAUAAAGCUGCUUCUAAACAAAAGUCCAGCAGUCAUUUGCCAACAAACAACCAGGAUGUACAGGGUUACAUCACCAAUCAGUCUCCAGAGAGCAUUGUAGAAGAGGCUCAGGGCAAGUUGACAGAGCUGGAGCAGAGGAUAAAAGAAGCCAUAGAGAAGAACGCUCAGCUGCAGUCCCUGGAAUUGGCACACGCUGACCAGCUCACCAAAGAGAAGAUUGAGGAGCUGAACAAAACGCGAGAGGAACAAAUUCAGAAGAAACAAAAGAUUUUGGAGGAACUGCAGAAAGUGGAGCGAGAGUUACAGCUGAAAACUCAGCAGCAGCUAAAAAAGCAAUACCUAGAGGUAAAAGCGCAAAGAAUUCAGCUCCAGCAGCAGCAGCAGUCUUGCCAGCAUCUGGGACUACUGACUCCCGUUGGGGUAGGAGAACAACUCUCAGAGGGAGACUAUGCACGAUUGCAGCAAGUGGACCCCAUCUUGCUUAAAGAUGACCCUCAGCAAGCUGCUGCGCAGACGGGGUUUGCACCAGUUCAGCCUCUGGCCAUGCCACAAGCUUUGCCUCUGGCAGCAGGUUCCUUACCUCCAGGGUCCAUCGCAAAUCUUACAGAACUGCAAGGUGUUAUAGUUGGACAGCCAGUGCUGGGCCAAGCACAACUAGCAGGGCUGGGGCAAGGAAUACUGACAGAAACACAGCAAGGGUUAAUGGUAGCCAGCCCUGCUCAGACGCUCAAUGACACGCUGGAUGACAUCAUGGCAGCAGUGAGUGGAAGAGCAUCUGCAAUGUCAAACACUCCUACCCACAGCAUUGCAACCUCAGUGUCCCAACCUCAGACGCCGACUCCGAGUCCCAUCAUUUCUCCUUCAGCCAUGCUGCCCAUCUACCCUGCUAUAGACAUCGAUGCCCAGACUGAGAGUAACCAUGACACAGCCUUGACACUGGCUUGUGCUGGUGGCCACGAAGAGCUGGUACAAACCCUGCUGGAGAGAGGAGCUAACAUUGAACACAGGGACAAGAAGGGGUUUACUCCGCUUAUUUUGGCUGCUACCGCCGGCCAUGUGGGUGUUGUGGAAAUCUUACUGGAUAAUGGAGCUGAUAUUGAAGCCCAGUCUGAGAGAACCAAGGACACUCCCUUGUCUUUGGCUUGUUCAGGAGGGAGGCAAGAGGUGGUGGAGUUGCUGCUAGCUCGAGGGGCAAACAAGGAGCACAGGAAUGUGUCUGAUUACACACCUUUGAGCCUCGCCGCCUCGGGUGGCUACGUGAACAUUAUCAAGAUUCUGCUGAAUGCUGGGGCAGAAAUCAAUUCCAGAACUGGUAGUAAACUGGGCAUUUCUCCCUUGAUGCUGGCAGCCAUGAAUGGGCACACUGCUGCUGUCAAGCUGUUACUGGACAUGGGCUCUGAUAUAAAUGCCCAGAUAGAGACCAACAGGAAUACAGCUCUGACUCUGGCGUGUUUCCAAGGAAGAACUGAGGUGGUCAGCCUGCUGCUUGACAGAAAAGCUAACGUGGAACACAGAGCCAAGACCGGUCUCACUCCGUUAAUGGAAGCAGCUUCUGGGGGAUAUGCUGAGGUGGGCAGGGUCCUGCUGGACAAAGGUGCAGAUGUCAACGCUCCCCCAGUACCUUCAUCCAGAGACACAGCUUUAACCAUUGCAGCAGACAAAGGGCACUACAAGUUCUGUGAGCUGCUCAUCAGCAGGGGAGCUCACAUCGAUGUGCGGAACAAGAAGGGGAACACUCCGCUGUGGCUGGCAGCGAAUGGCGGGCAUCUCGAUGUUGUCCAGCUGCUGGUCCAGGCUGGAGCUGACGUGGAUGCAGCUGAUAACAGGAAAAUAACUCCUCUCAUGGCAGCCUUCCGAAAGGGUCACGUGAAGGUGGUGCGUUACCUGGUGAAAGAGGUGAACCAGUUCCCGUCCGACUCGGAGUGCAUGAGAUACAUAGCAACCAUUACUGAUAAGGAGAUGCUGAAGAAGUGCCACCUGUGCAUGGAGUCAAUUGUUCAAGCCAAAGACAGACAGGCUGCUGAAGCCAACAAAAAUGCAAGCAUUCUGCUGGAGGAACUGGACUUGGAGAAGCUAAGGGAAGAAAGCAGGAGACUGGCUCUGGCUGCCAAAAGAGAGAAGAGAAAAGAGAAAAGGAGGAAGAAAAAAGAAGAACAAAGGCGAAAACUAGAAGAAAUAGAAGCAAAAAAUAAAGAGAAUUUUGAACUUCAAGCUGCUCAGGAGAAAGAGAAGUUAAAAGCUGAAGAUGAUCCUGAGGUCCCAAUGGAGCCUCCCAGUGCUACCACCACCACCACCAUAGGUAUAUCUGCAACCUGGACAACGUUAGCAGGCUCUCAUGGGAAGAGGAAUAACACCAUCACCACAGCGAGCUCCAAGAGGAAAAACAGGAAAAACAAAGUAACCCCUGAUAACGUUCAGAUUAUAUUUGAUGAUCAGCUUCCAAUUUCCUAUAGCCAGCCUGAGAAGGUGAAUGGGGAGUCCAAGAGCAGCAGCACUAGUGAGAGUGGUGACAGUGACAAUAUGAGGAUCUCCAGCUGCAGCGACGAGAGCAGCAAUAGCAACAGCAGCCACAAAAGUGACAAUCAUUCCUCCACAGCUGUCACUAACACACAGAGCAACAAAAAGCAACCCUCGGUGCUCGUCACUUGUCCCAAGGAUGAGAGGAAAGCAGUCCCUGGCAAGUCAUCCAUCAAGUUGUCUGAAGUUAUUAAUGAAGUGACGAGUAAUUCCUUGUCUACUUGCACAAAAUCUGCUCCUUCUCCCCUUUCUUCUCCAAAUGGAAAGCUAACCAUUGCUAGUCCUAAACGUGGUCAGAAAAGGGAAGAAGGUUGGAAGGAAGUUGUGAGAAGAUCGAAGAAGGUUUCUGUCCCAUCAACUGUGAUUUCCAGAGUUAUUGGCAGAGGAGGAUGUAACAUCAACGCCAUCCGGGAGUGCACGGGAGCGCAUAUAGACAUUGACAAACAGAAGGAUAAAACUGGAGACCGAAUAAUCACAAUAAGGGGUGGCACAGAGUCCACCAGACAGGCCACACAGUUGAUCAACGCUCUGAUUAAGGAUCCAGAUAAGGAAAUCGAUGAACUCAUUCCAAAGAACCGUUUGAAAAGUUCAACUGUCAAUUCCAAAAUAGGGUCCUCUACACCUGCCACCACUACAGCUGCUAACAGUUCUCUGGUGGGCAUCAAGGUGACCACCGUAGCUGCUUCGUCGACGUCUCAGACGGCCUCCGCGCUCACCGUGCCUGCCAUCUCCUCGGCCUCCGCCCACAAAAGCAUUAAGAACCCCGUGAACAACGUGCGGCCCGGGUUCCAGGUGUCUCUCCCGCUGGCGUAUCCUCCUCCGCAGUUUGCACACGCGCUCCUCGCCGCUCAGACUUUCCAGCAGAUCCGUCCGCCGCGGCUGCCCAUGACGCACUUCGGGGGCACCUUCCCCCCGGCCCAGUCCACGUGGGGCCCGUUUCCCGUCAGGCCGCUGAGCCCCGCCAGAGCCACCAACUCGCCCAAACCUCACAUGGUGCCUCGCCACAACAGCCAGAACAGCAGCGGCUCUCAGGUGAAUUCAGCGAGCUCUCUGACCACCAGUCCCACGGCCACGACGACCUCGGUGGCCUCCACCGCGCCCGGAUCUUCGGCGAGCGGCAACAACCCGAGCUCCCCCUCGGUCCGGAGGCAGCUGUUCGUCACGGUGGUGAAGACGUCCAACGCCACCACCACCACCGUGACGACCACGGCGAGCAACACGAGCACGGCGCCCACCAACACCACGUACCCGACUCCUACUGCCAAAGAACACUACCCCGCCUCGUCCCCCUCGUCGCCCUCUCCUCCCGCGCAGCCGGCGGCCGGCUCCCGCAGCAGUCCUCCCGACUGCGCCGCCGCCUCUCCCACCCCCCCCCCCCCCCCCCCCCCCCCCCCCCCCCCCAGCCCGCCCGCCGUGGAUGCGGGCGGCGCGACCAGCAGCAGGCAGCCCAAUCCUGGGACCAGCGGCUCCUCUGUGCAUCCUGCUCAUCAGCAGCCCCCGGGAGCUCCUCUGCCGGAGGCCAGGCCCCCUCUCCAGCAACCUCAGGUUCCUGCACCAGAUCCUCGCGUGGUCGUGCCUCCGAAUUUAGCGGCGCCGAGCUCGUCCGCUCCCGCGGUAGGUGCGAGCGCUGCUCCCCUGACCUACCCCGUGGCCCAGACGUCCAUGGGGUCCGCUCAGCCCGCAGCCAAGAUGGAAACCCCAGCCAUCAGACCGCCUGUCCACGGAACCGGCAGCGUCCCCAAGAAUGCAGCCCCUGCGCAAAGCUCCUCCGUCGCAGUCCUCAACGUUAACCACAUCAAAAGGCCCCACAGCGUUCCUUCUUCAGUGCAGCUUCCUUCUACCUUAAGUACACAAAGUGCUUCUCAGAAUUCGGCCCACCCGGCGAGCAAGCCCAUGGGCAACAACUUCAGUGCUACUCUGCCGUUCGGGCCCUUUAGUACGUUGUUUGAGAACAGCCCCACGUCCGCUCAUGCCUUCUGGGGCGGGUCCGUCGUUUCCUCUCAGACAACACCUGAAUCCAUGCUGUCAGCAAAGUCCUCGUUUUUGCCAAAUUCAGAGCCGUUACAUCAGUCUGAUACUUCCAAAGCCCCAGGUUUUAGGCCACCGUUACAGAGGCCAGCUCCAAGUCCCUCAGGUAUUGUCAGCAUGGAUUCUCCCUAUGCUUCUGUAACACCUUCCUCUACACACCUGGGGAGCUUUGCCUCGAACCUGUCGGGAGGGCCGAUCUACGCGCCCGGCACGCCGCUGGGCGGAGCGCCUGCAGCUGCUAACUUCAACAGACAGCAUUUUUCCCCUCUUAGUUUAUUGCCUCCGUGUUCAUCAGCAUCCAGCGAAUCUCCUGCUCAGUCCGUGUCCUCUGGAGUCCGAGCACCCUCUCCCACCCCUUCAGCAGUGUCCUUGGGAUCAGAAAAACCCAGUAACGUUUCUCAGGACAGAAAAGUUCCUGUUCCUAUUGGCACUGAACGGUCUGCACGUAUUAGACAAACUGGAACGUCUACUCCUUCUGUAAUUGGGAGCAACUUGGCUGCCCCGGUGGGACACAGUGGGAUCUGGUCCUUCGAAGGUAUAGGUGGCAGUCAAGAUAAGGUGGACUGGUGUCACAGCGGGAUGGGCAGCCACAUGAUCCACAGGCCCAUGUCUGACCCGGGCGUGUUCUCACACCAAGCCAUGGACAGAGACAGCACGGGAAUCGUGGCGCCUUCCGGUACAUUCCACCAGCCCGUCCCUGCAGGAUACAUGGACUUCCCGAAAGUUGGGGGAAUGCCUUUUUCUGUGUAUGGGAACGCCAUAAUUCCUCCUGUAGCCCCCAUCACAGAUGGUACUGCAGGCCCCAUCUUUAACGGGCCUCAUGCUGCUGACCCAUCUUGGAACUCGCUGAUCAAGAUGGUUUCAAAUUCCACAGAAAACAAUGGGCCUCAGACGGUGUGGACUGGAACUUGGACACCUCACAUGAACAGUGUGCAUAUGAACCAACUGGGCUGAGUGGGAUCAACGUGCUGGCCUUGAGAUUCCUUCUUUUGCAGAGGAAACCACAAUUGGCAGAAACAGUUUAUGUGCUCCCAGAUCAUUCUACUGAUGUGCUUGACUGAAGUGUGUAGGCUUUUUGCAGAAGAACUUACUAACUGACCUUUUUCUGUGAACAUUGUGACCGCCCAUUCCCCACCAUCAUAUGUUUCAACUUAGUUAGACUUUCUUCUUUCCUUUC